AUGAUGAUUAAUUUAUCGGUUUUGUUCAAGUUAGGACUAACGUUACAGUAUGCUUUGGCAUCUAUUGCAGAUGCGGAGACAAAUAAGGAUGCUGGUUUUGAAAAAUCUUUGCAUGAUGGCGCUGGGGGAGUUGAUGAUGACGUUAUUGUCAUUGCCGCUGGUGAGGGUGGAGGUGCGCGGAGGGAUCCGGUUGGUCCUUUGUAUUUUGGCGCCGUUAAGGCUGUUGAACCUGUUUUUGCCGCUGAUGUGGAACCGGCGACUAUUCCGCCAAAGAUCAAUUCUGAUUUUGGAGGUUUGCUCCUUACUACUGAAUCUGCUUUGCAAGGUACCCUUGUUGUUGUUAGUAGUGUGAGCGACCAGAUUGUUACUCUAUCGGACGCGCUACCGGCGUUUACAACGCCACCGUCUAGUGGAGACGUCCAAAGUACUACUGUUGGUUCUGAUGGUUCAGCGAGCUCGUAUGAUUAUGAUGCGCCCCCUCCGUUUAUUUCAAAGACUAAUUCUGAGUUUGACAAUCCCCCCAGUCCUACGUCGACGGGCGACAGCAGUCCUACGUCGACGGGCAACAGCAGUCCUACUGUUACUGAGACGUCCACUUCUGCUGAUCAGCCACAUGAAGAGCCAACCAGUUCUGUUUCCGAGCCGCCCUUUGAGAAGCCAACUAGUAGUGUGGUUCCCGCGCCAUCUGGUACGGGGACUACAACUGCACCUCCUGUGGCUUCUCCAACCACGUAUAUUGUGACUGUGACAGAGGCGACGUCUACAACGGUGGAAUAUUCUUGCGACGUGCCUAGCACUCAUUGGGUCACCUCUGCUAGCGAAUCGAGCAUCGUGAUUCCUCAGAGCACCACCACGUUUGCUUCGACAUUUACUUUCACCACGUACGAUGAGUCGGUGAGCAAGGACACUUUCGUGUACACUGAAUACAUCACCCACGACGUGCUUGUCCAUCACAGUGGGCACGCUGGUUCUACUUCGACCUUGCCAACGACUGAUCAGCCGCUGGCAACGGAAACGGCCACCGGUGCCAUUUCCACAUCUGUGGUCACUGAUGUUUACACUGUGGUAACUACGGAGGUCUCAGAUUCGUACUAUGUCAGCACUACUGCAUACUUGACUACCAUUCUAAGUAGGCCAUUGAGCACGACGACAUUAUAUCCAACGGCGCACUACGAUAACGUUUCCGACACCGUCACUGUCGCCAUCUUUGAACCAUGUUCUAUUGAAACCGAAGUUAGGUCUGAAGUGACGGGUACGAUCCAGACCACCAACACAUACACGUUAACGGAGACAAGUUUGCACACGAUUACACAGACCUACGAGCAUACCACACCAAAAGUGACCGUCAUUAUUGGCUGUGAAGAUGAAUGCAAGGAUUAUUAUACCACUUCUGUUGAAACGGUAGAGCAUACGCAGAUCUAUGAGAGUACUUAUUACGUGCCUGUUGUGUACGAAUCUACAACCAGCUGGUGGGUAGAGCCAGGGCACGAAACUGAGACUAGCGCAUAUACCUUUGUCGCACCCGAGCAAACAUGGGUCCCAGGUACAUGUACUUCUGUCAGUUCCGGGUAUCUCACAUACACUACCACAUUUGCUACGGCGGUACCAUCCUCCUCUGAGGAGCCUGCUCCUGUUGUAUCUCCAACACAACCGACAUCAACUUCGGACUCAACGCCAACCUACAUCCUAACCUCCGAUACAAGCCUCGGUUCUGGAGGUUCAUUGACCUCCGAUGCGCCACCAAGCAGUAUUCAUGUUACCACCGUCAGCAGCACCGAAGAGGGUACUAUUCUAGUCCCAAUAACCUCUAAACCAUCAUUCUAUCCAACUUUGAGCUCGUCUGCAUUAUUUGCAAAUGCCAACCUGCCCUCGUGCCCAGUUAGUAUGAUGAUUUCAUGGCGUAGCACCACAGUCACAACUACACUCACAGUCACAGCGUCUGCUGCUACCGGGCUCGAUAGCGUCCCCAGAGUUAAGCCUUACCAUUCCAUCAGCACCUAUGACCCAAGUUCCGGAGCUUCUUCGCACCGCUUAAUGAGGUCCACAGACAAUGCUGGGCUGAGCUCCAACAAUAAACUCCUCGCCAGCAUGUUUGCUGUUUUGCUCAUAUUAAUGGUCGUCUAA